AUGUCUGGGGGCUCAGAGAGUGAUGACUCUGUAACAGCUAAUGGGAGGGUUUACAUUCCUGAAGUAAGAAAUGAGGAAACACCAGCAGUUGGGAUGAAGUUCGACUCGCUUGACCUCGUUUAUAAUUUCUAUAAUAGAUAUGCAUUCUUGGCUGGCUUUGGUAUUCGACUUCAUUCCAGCUUUUGGGGGAAAAAUAAGAAAGAGAUUCUGAGAAAAGAAUUUGUAUGUUGCAAACAAGGUGCAUACCGGAAUGAUGAAACUCGGGAGAGAAAAGACAGCGGGGAAUAA